CCCACCAUGGCCUCCCGCAGCGCGGGCACCUUACUGACCGAGUUCAAUGCCGCCUACGUGCCCCCCGGCCUCAUGCCCGGGUUAUGUUUCUUGCAAAUGAGUUUCUGCAUCAGCGCGAGUGCUGCCACCGAGAGAGGGAGAGAAGGAGACCCAGCCAUCAUCGAGGCACUCAGGAGGAGCCAGCAAAAGGGCAGAGGCAGGUACCAAGGUCAUGUCCCCAGUGUGGCCUUCUUCGGCUCCCCCUAUGGCACUACCACCCUCAAGUACUUCCAGGACCAACGCCACGCUGCCCUGGAGAAGAGCCACACUCCCUUCAGCAAAGGCGGCCACUUCCCGACCCUCUUUUCCUCCAACCCCGACCUGGUGCUGAGUAAACGCUCCCACACCCGGGACUGCUGGCUGCACACCCCCGUCUACACCCACUUCAACCUGGAUAGUGACCGCUCCGCCCAGCUCGCGGGGUUCUACCAGAUAGCACAGCAGCAUCGGAAGUACUAUCUAGACAAGACGGGCAUGGUGCCCCGGGUCCCCUACUUCGUGCUGCCUGUGAAGGAGUGGGAACGGUACCCCCUCCCCACCGAUCUUCCUCCUCUGACCCCAGAGAAGAAGUGGCACCUUUUAAGAGUAUCCCCUGAGAACCUGAAGACCUACCAGAUGUUCCCCUCGGGGAAGAGGGUCUCCCCACACGAGCGGCAGAAGAGAGAUCGCUACUUUGAGUUCAGAGCGUGAUGUCUGAGAGCCUGGCUCUGACCAGGUUGACUUUUUGGAAUAAAAUCUUUAGCC